AUGGUUGUGGCAUCUCCAGCACCCAUCAAUAAAACAAAGGCAAUGAGAAUCCCAACCAUCGACCUGUCCAUGGAAAGGUCACAGUUGUCGCAAACUGUGGUGAAAGCGUGCGAGGAUUACGGUUUCUUCAAAGUGGUUAACCACAAUGUGCCCCAUGAAGUUACUGCAAGAUUGGAAGAGGAGUGUGCAGAGUUUUUUGCCAAACCCAGUCACCAGAAGCGUCGGGCUGGGCCUGCAAACCCUUUCGGUUAUGGCUUCACAAACAUUGGGCCCAAUGGAGAUAUGGGUGACCUCGAGUAUCUUCUACUUCAUGCUGACCCUCUUUCUAUCGCACAGAGAUCCCCAACCAUUGCUCACGAUUCCACCAAGUUCAGUGUCGUCGUGAAUGAUUUUGUGGAAGUAGUAAAAGAAGUAACGUGCGAGAUUCUAGAUUUGGUGGUUGAGGGGUUGGGGGUCUCAGACAAGUUUGCUCUGAGCAGUCUCAUCAGAGAUGUUCACAGUGAUUCUGUUCUGAGGAUCAAUCACUACCCUCCAUUGAAGGUGAAGUCGAAGGGUAACAAGAAUAGCAUUGGUUUUGGGGCGCAUUCUGACCCUCAGAUCUUGACCAUCAUGCGCUCCAACGACGUGGGUGGCCUUCAAAUUUACACCCGUGAGGGAUUCUGGAUUCCUGUCCCACCUGACCCCACUCAAUUCUUUGUCAUGGUUGGCGAUGUCUUACAGGUUAUGACAAAUGGAAAGUUCAUGAGCGUGAGGCACAGGGCAUUAACCAACACAUUGGAGGCAAGGAUGUCAAUGAUGUACUUUGCAGCACCACCACUUGAUUGGUGGAUCACUCCUCUACCCAAGACACUGUCACCACCACAAAAUCAAAGUCUAUACAAACCCUUCACAUGGGGCCAGUACAAGGAAGCAACAUAUACUUUACGCCUUGGAGAUUCUCGACUUGAUCUCUUCAAGGCCCAGCUAGAUACCCAUCUUCUAUCUUCCUCUCCAUCACAAUUUCAAUGA